AUGGACGAUCCAGAACGAAUGGCAUCCCUGGGCCCCCUGGCAGAUAAUGUCGAUUCGAUUCUGACUAUGCAUUGCACGCACCCGGAUUUUGGUGCAGCAGAUGCAGAUAUUGUAAUCCAAUCCUCAGAUGGUGUACUGUUUCGUUUGCACCGCAAGGAUCUCGAGACACACACGGGAGCCUUUCCUUUCAUUGCAAAUCCAGACGAAAUGACCCUUCUUACGGAGCCAUCAGGCGUGCUUGAAGACCUAUUCAAAUCCAUCUAUCCUCGUCGCCAGCCUGAUCUCGAGAGCAUCCCCCCCCCUCCUGAACUGAGGCUACUAGCGAAUUUCGAAAUGGGCACUGUCAAUAACGCGCCUGCGCCUUUUACUGUCACCGUGGGUUCCAGUUGGCCGGCAUUCAAACCGCUGACCCCGACAUCGCACGCGGAAUUCAACGCCCCAGAUGCAGACAUAACAAUCCAGUCCUCCAACCUCGUCCUCUUCCGCCUGCACCGCAAGAAUCUCGAGAUGCACACAGGUGGGUUCCCGGGCGGGGACCUAAAGAUGGUGCAAGCACGCCCUGACGAAGUCAUCAGCCUGAGCGAGAGGUCCAAUGUCCUCGAGCUGCUAUUCAAGUUCGUCUACCCGCGCAGGCAGCCGUCUCUCAAGGGGCUCCCGUUUGACACUAUCCUGGCGCUCGCGGAGGCGGUGGAGAAGUACGAGGUCUACUCGGCGAUGCGGUUGUGUGAGGUUCGAUUGAGGGAGUUCCUGCCCAAAGAGGCUGCCAGGAUCCUCGACCACGCGAUCAAGCACGAUUAUCCUGACCUCAUCGAGGCGUGCGUACCUGCACUUGCACGCCAGCCUUUACUCGACGUCCUCGACAAGCUGCCGCUGAAGUAUGCUCGCGCAUGGGCACGGUACCAUGAAGCGUGGAGACAAAUCUUCCAGUCCGCGAUUCAGAGAAUCAACGAGAAGUAUUGCGGGGGGAACCCUAACAACUGCUACUCUGGUGGUAGCGACAGGUGCAGGACGAUGGCAUCGAUCGCCUGGAUACUCCAGCUCGAGAAGAUUACGAGCCUGUCUGAACUGAAGCGGAAUCUACACAUGGAGGCAAAUGACGGGACAGCAGAACACCACUGCAACAAGUGCACUUGCCCUCGGAAAUGGGAAGCUGGGACAGAUCAGAAGAGAACUGAGGCUGCGACGAUGAUCAGGGAUGGCAUUAUGGCUCUCCGACCUUUCAAUGAGUUCUUGAAGAACUAG